UCCGCCCGAAGUCUUGUGACUACUCUCUUUCUCCCGCCACCUGUGGCACUUGCUAAACCCUAACAAAACCUCACUUUCCUGUUAAACCAACAAAUAACUAACUAUGGAGGCUGAAACUAUAAUCUCAUCAACGGACUCGAUGGACUUCAAGAUUAAAGAGCUUUUAAAAGAGGUCCAUCUCGACCAAACUGCAAUUAUCACUAAGCUCGUAGACGACACAUUUUCUGCCAUUAAGAAAGUAAUCAGAAAAAUCCCCGACGACUUGCAGGUUACUGCGGAUUUAGCUCCUGAUUUUGUGAGAGACAUUGGUGCAGAUAAAGUGGACUUCAAGUUUAGGAAGCCAAAAUCUGUUAAGAUUGGUGGUAGUUAUUCCAUAAAUUGCGUGGUCAAGCCUGACGUGAAUGUGGAUCUUUUUGUUCAGUUGCCAAAGGAGUGUUUUCAUGAGAAAGACUAUCUAAAUCACCGGUAUCAUGCCAAAAGAUGCCUUUACCUCUGUGUAAUUAAGAAGCAUUUGAAGUCCUCUCCAUCAUUUGAUAAAGUUGAAUGGUCUGUCCUGCAGAAUGAGGCCCGAAAGCCUGUAUUGGUUGUCCAUCCAGCUGCAAGGCCUGUUGAGGCUCCUGGCAUUUAUGUACGGAUUAUUCCUACAGCAGCAUCUUUGUUUAGCAUUUCAAAGUUGAACUUGAACCGGAACAAUGUCCGUGCAGUUAACCAAGAUGGUGUUCCUCAGCCUACACCCAAGUACAAUAGUGGUAUAUUGGAAGACAUGUUUCUGGAGGAUAAUGCAGAAUUUGUCAAUAAAACAUUUAGUACAUGGAAGGAAUUGGGAGAGGCUUUAAUGUUGCUGAAGGUUUGGGCUCGACAGAGAAGUUCAAUAUAUGCUCAUGAUUGUGUAAAUGGAUAUUUAUUGUCUAUCUUAUUGUCAUACCUUGUGAGCCUUGACAAGAUUAACAAUUCUAUGAAGACAAUGCAGAUACUUCGCAUUGCAUUAGACUUCAUUGCCACCUCAAAGUUGUGGAACCGUGGCCUUUACUUUCCACCACAAGGCCAGAACAAAGUUUCAAAGGAGGAAAAGAUGCAUUAUAAAGAGUUAUUUCCUGUAGUGAUAUGCGAUCCAUCUACUCAAGUUAAUUUGGCUUUCAGGAUGACCAGUGUUGGUUUCUCUGAGCUUCAAGAUGAGGCCGCUUUGACACUUCAAUGCAUGGACCGAUGCAGAGAUGGUGGAUUUGAGGAGAUGUUCUUGACCAAGAUUGACUAUGCUGCUAAAUUUGAUUACUGUGUUAGAUUGAAUUUGAAGGGAUGUACGGAGGCUCAUGCAUUGGGAUUUUGCUUGGAUGAUGAAUGUUGGAGAUUGUAUGAGCAGAAGGUGCAUAGCCUGCUGAGUCAAGGAUUGGGUGAUAGAGUAAAGUUUAUUCGUGUUACUUGGAGGAACACUCUUUCUGAGUACAUUAUAGAAAAUGGCUUAUCCAUACUUGAUAGAGAGCCCCUGCUUAUUGGCAUUUCAUUGAGCACUCCUGAGAAAGUUUUUAGGGUAGUUGACAUUGGUCCAAAUGCUGAAAACAAAGAGGAGGCUCUCAGGUUUCGAAAGUUCUGGGGGGAGAAGGCAGAACUUCGGAGGUAUAAAGAUGGUACUAUUGCAGAAAGCAUAGUAUGGGAAAGUGAGCAGUGGACAAGACAUCUUGUUUUGAAAAGAAUUAUUGAGUAUGUUUUUCAGCGGCAUCUUUCUCUACCAAAAGAGAAUAUUGUGCAAAUAGUUGAUCAGCUUGAUUUCUCUCUUCUUCAUGGUGCUAAAGAUCCUGUAUCAUUUUCUGGAGGUUUACUUGAGGCAUUUGAAGUCUUAUCAAAGCGCUUGCGUCUUAUUGAAGAUAUCCCCUUGAGAGUUUCAAGUGUGCAACCUUUAGACUCAGCAUUCAGAUUUACAUCUGUGUUUCCUCCUGAACCUCAUCCGCUGGUUAAUGAAAAACGUAAUGUUACAAGACUACAUAAGCUUACCCCAUCUUGUAUUCAGCCGCUGGAAGUUAUGAUUCAGUUGGAAGGUUCUGGGAAUUGGCCAAUGGACCAUGUAGCAAUAGAAAAAACUAAAGCAGCUUUCCUUAUUCAAAUUGGAGAGAGUCUUUGUAACAGAUGGGGAAUGACAUGUACAGCUACUGAGGAUGAUGUUGAUGUCUUGAUGUCUGGAUAUUCAUUCCGUCUCAAAAUUUUGCAUGAGAGAGGACUGAGUUUGGUGAAAGGGGAAAUUGGAAAUCAAGCAAAGCAGAUAUAUUCUACAGAUAGGGUUCUUUUUGUUCGUGGUCAACAUGCAAGCAUGAUCAAUGGAUUACAGGGUCGUUACCCAGUCUAUGGCCCAGUUGUUAGGCUUGCAAAACGAUGGGUGGCUUCACAUCUUUUUUCUGCAUGCUUGAUGGAGGAGGCUGUUGAACUAUUGGUUGCAUAUAUUUUUUUAAAGCCUUUACCAUUUAAUGUUCCAAGCUCGCGUGUCACUGGAUUUUUAAGGUUUCUACGACUUCUAGCAGAGUAUGAUUGGACCUUUUCACCCUUGGUCAUUGACAUAAAUAAUGAUUUUGGCCCAGAUGAUUAUAAAGAAAUUAAUGAUAACCUCAUGUCAAGUAGGGAAGCACAUGAAGAAAACACUCAAAAUGUAAGCCCGGUGAUGUUCUUGGCUACAGCUUAUGAUAAGAGAUCUGAAGCUUGGACAAGAAACUCACCAAACUCAAUGGAGCUUAAAAGGUUGGUGGCUUAUGCUCGAAGCAGUGCUAACUUGUUGAGCAAACUCAUUUCAGAGAAUCAGAUUGAUUCUUACCGAUGGGAGUGCCUCCUCCGAACUCCAUUGAACAACUAUGAUGCUGUAGUUCUUCUCCACAGGGACAGGUUACCUUAUCCCCAUCGACUUCUCUUCCCAUCUGAAGUAAACAAAGGGAAGCAUGUGGUCCGUGGAGAUGCCAGCAAGGCUUUCCACCCAUUCUUGUUGUCGGGCGAUUUGAAGGGAAGCUCAGAGGAACUGAAAAACAAGCUGAUGGUAGAUUUUGAUCCGCUAAGGUGCUUCGUUGGUGAUCUAGAGAAAGAGUUUCCAAAGAAGUUGAAGUUGUGGUAUGAUUCUUUGGGAGGUGAUGCUGUUGGCCUGACAUGGGAGAGAGGCUUCUCAAAGAAACGAAAUCUAGAGGAAACCCUUGAAGAAGAAGAAGAAGAUCCAACUGAUGUGCUGAAAGCUGUAGGUGAAGUUGGGAAAGGUUUUGUCAGGAAUAUUUAUCUAUUGAAAGCCCCAAGGCUGACAAAUUAAGUCUUAAUUUUCCUGAGGCCAAGUAGUUUAAUACACAACUCUUAGCUCCCAGUCCUAGUGAAUCCACAGCGGCAUAGUUUUCUUGUACUUCUUUGUGAUGGGGAAGCUUGAAUGAGGUUGGCUGAAUCUUACAGCAGUGUAUUCUGUAUUUAGGCUUACUGUAAGAGAUGGGAGUGAAAUAGGAAAUUUUGUAUGACUGGUUAAUUCAUUCAUUUAUAGAAAAUUUUGAAGUGCCGCA